AUGUCAAUGAGUCUGGAAUGUGAUAAGAGAGUUGGGGUUGGGGCUGGUCGUCACUGGGCGGGCGACGUUCCACCACCCAGCUACUUCAGCACUGUGGAAAGUAACCGGGCCCUAAGUCCGCUUGAAUCAUGGAUGAUGCUUCUAUUUAUCGUUUGGAAGAGGUCUCGCAGAUGUGCGACGACAGACUAG